GUUCAUAUAACAUCUAAUACAAAAUGGCGAAUGCAGGAUACACAUGUAUAAGAAGGACAUUUUGUUGGCUGAAUAUUUUAUUAUGGCUUUGCAGUUGUGCUUUCUUGGGUGCCGGUGUUUGGCUGCGUCUCUCAUAUGAAGGUUAUGCUACGCUGCUGCCCGAUCAUGCUGCCCUCAGUGCUGAUUCGGUAUUCUUGUGCAUUGGUGUCAUUGGAUUUGUUGUAUCAUUUUUGGGCUGUUGUGGUGCUUGGGUCCAAUCACGGUGUCUGCUGAGUUUGUAUUUCAUGCUGAUCAUUUUGUUGUUCCUCAGUGAAUUUUUGAUUGGUUCCAUUGCUUUUGUCUUCCGUGGUGGCUUGAAACGUACCUUGGCCAAUGAGUUGCGUUUUGGCAUUGAGGAGCAUUAUAAUGCCACCGAUCGUGGUUCAAUAAUUGCACCCUCUGUGGCGGCUAUAUGGGAUAAUGUACAGAGUUCGUUUGAAUGCUGUGGUGUUUCUUCAUACGAGGAUUGGUAUGACAUCAAAUCAUGGAGCGGCAAACGUUGGGUGCCAGAAUCCUGCUGUAGACCCAUUUACGAGAAUCGUGGUAUUUUGAUCGAGGGUUCUGGUGACAAUGUUGUGAGAGUAGAUUGUGGAAGAUCUGAAAACCCAACCUUGUGGUGGGAUAAGGGCUGUGCCCAGUCUCUACAAACCUGGUUAACCGAUAAACUGGAUGUCAUAGGUGUGGUCGGCUUGGGUAUUGCAUUUGCUCAACUUUUCGGCCUGAUCACCUCAAUGCUAUUAUUCUGCACCGUGAAACAUAAAAAGGAAUCGGAUACCUAUAAGUCAUAUUCACCCUCGAUUGAUCCUCAAACACGACCCAGUAGUUGGGAAGAUUGAACCAAGUUUU